UCCUUUCAUGGAACUAAGAAGAACCAGUGAAGGGCAACCGAUGGAGGCCCUUGAUGAUCCAAAAGUAAUGGAAACUGAACAUGGAGACUCUCGUAGACGAAAAUUGGAGAAUUUGAGAGCUACGAUGAUCCAGCUUGCACGUUCAAAUCCUUCUAUACCGUGCAAUAUGAAGCUCAUUCAAGAAAACCUCUCGAGGCUUCCUUUGUCUCACAUUCCCGACCACCCAACAUAUGCUGCUAUGAUAUGGAGGGCGAUUUCCGAGUUGAAUGAGGAUGGAGGAUCCAGUGAGGAAGCAAUAUCAAGGUUCAUUGAGGCAGAGUAUAAGGAUUUACCUUGUGCUCAUGCAGGUCUAUUGCAUCAUCAUUUACAAAAUCUUGUUGACAAAGAAGAAAUAAUCCGUGCUUCUACGAGCUGUUAUAGGCUUCCUUCUGCAAAUACUAAUUCUCAUUGUAAGGUAAAGAAGGGGCACAAGCAAGUGAGAAGGCAUUCCAGGAGUAGGAAAAUUGGUAGACGCAAGAUUGAAGCAGAGAAGAAUUUACUAAUUGGAGUGGAGAAUAAAUCUGAAAGCAAAGAACAGAAUGUAGAAGCUUUACCUCAAUCUGAAGAUCUUGAGGAUGGCAAUCCAUUACAAAAAUCGGCAAUGGAAUUAAUUGAACCACAUAAGAAAGAAGUUAAUUGUGGACAAAGCCUGGUUGAAGAAAGGGAGGCUGGAGUUGUGACAGAGCAAAAUCAAGCAUGCAGAAGACAAGUUGAAGAGUUUGCUGGCCUAACACAAGGAGAAAGUAUAGAAAAUGAGCAAGAAGCAGAACGGACUGAAGAAGAGAACCCUACACAUGUGAAAGGAUUCAAGAGCUCUGAUGAACAAAGAAAAGCAGAAGAACAGAUGAAACAAAUCAAAGAACAAGACCAACUUAAACGGUCAGGUGAACAGAAUAAACAUGGGAUUAUGGAAAUGAAUGAAGAUAACUCUACACAUGAGAAAGGAUUCAGGAGCACCGAGGAACUAAGGAAAAUGGAAGAACAACAAAGUAAAGCAAUCAAGGAACAAGGCCAAGUUAAAUUGAUGGGUGAGCAUGUUGAAGAAAGCAGUGAAAGAAAUGAAACAGAAUGGGGAAAUAAAAUGAGUAGAAAAAGAUAUCAGACCCAAGAAAAACAAAAUCACCUGCAAAAUGGAUUGGAUAAACAGCAAGUUGGUGUACCAAAGAUGCACAGUAAAGAGCAGGAUCAAGCAGAAGAGAACCAUGAAGUAACUACGGUAGUAUUUUUGGAAGAAGAGGAAGGCAAUCUGAUUCAAGAGCUGCGUUAUGAAGAAAAAAAUUUGAGGGAAGAAAUUGAAAUUGAAGAUAAAAGUCAACCAGAAGAUCUACAAAUUAAAGAUUUUGAAGAACAAGUGCAAUCCUGGGAAAUGCAAAAUCAAGUGAUUGAACAGAACGAAAUGGAAGCUCAAAUUGAAAUAAGCAAACAGCAAAAAAGACUUCAGGAACAGCAACAGAAAUUAUACUCUGACAUUCUUGACCUUAGAAAAAUGCUAGAACAGUUUACCAACAAGCAAGAGGGAGAUGGAGCUGUUAUGGCUGGCCCUAGUUUGUCUCUCACAAGUCAGAGUCUUGAUUUUUCUGGUUCAUUACUCAUAUCAAAGGAAGGGUGCGUAGAAAUGUUGAAGAAGGCAAAUAAGAUUGGGGGACGGCUAAUUAAAAUUAUUGGCACUUUUAGCGAAGUUGAGGUGAGAGGUAAGCAGACAGAACUUUUCCAAGGGGAAUUAAUGCAAACAACAAGGCCUUGCAGGGAAUGGAAUCCCGUGAUGGGGUCUACCUCUGAAAUUCAAGAAGAGAAGCAAGGAGAGAUUAAUGGCCAGCAGAAGGCCGUCAGCUACCAGCUAAAACCAAUGGUAAGUUUUCUAGAUGCACAUACAGACCAAUCUCUGCACCAGCAGAAACAGAAUAUUAAGAUUCCAAAUCUGAAAAGGCCUCCAGAAGUUGAAAUAGCUAUAUUGGAGCAGUCACUUGGAAGACAGAAGCAGUCAGAUCUCUGUUGCGAUCCGCGGGAUACAUCCAUAUGCCAAUCAAAAUCUUUAUGUUUUCCCUCUGAUGUGCCUGAUAAAUCAUUGCUUGACAAGGGGAUGAAAAUGGAAAGGCAGCAAAGGAUUCAGGCAAUUAAAACAUUGGAGCAAAACAUUGGCGUCGGAAGAGAAAUGGCCCUCUCUGGGCCAGCAAUGCGGAAAACUUAUCAAAAUGUGUCACGCAGGAACUUGGAGCAACUUGAGACUGAGAAUCGACUAGAAAAUCUUGAAGGACAUCCAAAAGGAAAACCAGCGAAAGAUCAUAGCUGGGGCCUUAAGCUAUCUGAACUCGAGUCUGUUUCCACUAUUGCUACUGCUGAUCCUGAUUUGGUUCAUGCUUCGUUAAAACCGGAUCUUAAUCAUCAGCCGGAGCCUCUAACUUCUGAAAUGCUUUUGUUCGUUGGUAACCGGAAUGUGGAUGAUUCAUCUUGUCCAGUGGAACAACUAAGAUGCAAUUAUCAAGGAGAGCAGCUCACAUGCCAGCCAGAAACAACUUCGCUUGAUUCAAGCCCUGUUUCUGAGCAACUUCUUAUGGGUAUUCAAGUUCAGGAGAGUUCUGAAUGCCUUGAUCUUGCAGCAGUUGAGGAAUUUACUCAGAACCAGCAUGUGAAGGGACAACUGCAGCCUGAGGACCAAGACCCUUCCAGGCCUGAAUUGGCCUCCCACAAAACCAUGGCAGAAUCAUUUCAAUCCCUCCAUCAAAAUGAGCAGCAGGGGCAAUUGGGAUCUCAAGAUCAAGCAAAUGUUCUUAAAUUAAGGGGUGAUAUGGAUUGCUUUAUGGGGGAACCAUCUCCCUCAGAUCAUUGUUCUCAACAUGAGCAGCAGCAAUUGCAGCGUCGAGGCCGAGGGAGGCCUCCUAAACCAAAGAAAAAGACAGAUGUGACUAUGGAGGUAACCAUGCUCUCAGAUCAUCUGAAAAAUGAGCAGCAGGGGCAAUUGGGAUCUCAAGAUCAAGCAAAUGUUCUUAAAUUAAGGGGUGAUAUGGAUUGUGUUAUGGGGGAACCAUCGCCCUCAGAUCAGUUGUCUCAACAUAAGCAGCAGCAGUUGCAGCAUCGAGGCCGAGGGAGGCCUCCUAAACCAAAGAAAAAGACAGAUGUUACUAUGGAGGUAAACAUGCUCUCAGAUCAUCUGAAAAAUGAGCAGCAGCAUAAGAAAAGACAUCGAGGAAGGCCUUCUAAACUGAAACCAGUGGUAGGUACAAAUGUAGGUGUCUUGUCGAUUUCUCAGCGUCAUUUUUAUCUAGAAGAGAAGCAGCUGCAAGAUGAAAGUGAAGACAAUCCUUUGACACCAGAACAAGGUACAACGUCGAACGCGUCACUCUUCCUAUCAAGGAAGAUGCUCCAGCAAUUACCGGAAGAAAAAAUUUCAAACCUGGGGAGGAUUACAAAACCGAAAGCAGCUGCAUCUUUGGAGGAAUCAUUGGUUUUACAGAAUAUCCCGCUGACUCAACCUCCUGACUUAGUCCAGGGAAGGAUUACUAGGGCAAGAUCAGCUGCAACUGGAACUCCUGGGCGUUAUUGGCUGAAUGCUCAGAAGCAAUAGCAACGCAGCCUUGAAUUCAGUGACAAGAUAGACCUCUUAAAUGCAGUUUUGAUGUGUCAGUUAAUAUAAAAUUGUUGUUUGCCUUGUAAUUCAGCAUCAUAUGGAGUUUGUUACAAUUCUGUAAGGAAUUAGAUUAAGGAAGUGUUAUAAUGAGACUGUUACAUAGAUCUUUUA